AUGUUCCAUUUACUUCUUUAUUUUUUUUUUCUUUUUUUUUUCUUUCUUUCUUUCUUUCUUUCUUUCUUUCUUUCUUUCUUUCUUUCUUUCUUGUUCCCUACCCUUCAUUCUUUCCUUCGUUCCUUCGUUUUCUUCUUCUUCUUCUUCUUACAUCCUUCUUUUUUCUUUACUUUUCUCUUAAAAUCUUUCAGUUAUUUUCUUCUUUCCUUUCUUUCUUUCUUUCUUUUAUUGUUUUUUCUUUGCAUUCUUUCUCCCUAUCUUUCCUUCCUCUUUUCGUUUUUUCCUUAUUUUCUCUUUCUUUCUUUCUUUCUUUCUUUCUUUCUUUACUUUUCCCUUCCUUUCUUUCUUUCUUUCUUUAUUUCUUUCUUUCUUUCUUUCUUUCUUUUUCUUUCUUUCUUUCUUCGUUCCUUCGUUUUCUUCUUCUUCUUCUUCUUCUUACAUCCUUCUUUUUUCUUUACUUUUCUCUUAAAAUAUUUCAGUAAUUUUCUUCUUUCCUUUCUUUCUUUUAUUGUUUUUCUUUGUAUUCUUUCUCUCCAUCUUUCCUUCCUCUUUUCGUUUUCUUCCUUACUUUCUCUUUCUUUCUUUCUUUCUUUCUUUCUUUCUUUCUUUCUUUCUUUUAUUGCUCCCUAUCCUUCCUCCUUCUUCUUCUUAUUCUUCUUCUUCUUUAUUCUUCUUCUUCUUCUAUCCUACUUUUUCCUUACUUCUGUCUUUCUUUUCUAUCCCUUAUCAAACUGCUUACUCUGGCUUUCACCAAUUGUCUUCUGUCCAUCUUCACUUCUACUUUUCUUGUUUUAUCUUAUUAUAAUUAUCAUAUUUAAUCAUCCUCUUUUUCCUUUUUACCUUUUCCUUCCUUCCUUCCUUCCUUCCUUCCUUCCUUCCUUCCUUCCUUCCUUCCUUCCGCUUGAUUUCUCUCGACAUCCUUUUCCUCACCCAUCCAUACAAAACAAUAUCCAUAAAAAAAACUUCCCAUCGACUCUUGCCUCUUUCCACAUAUUCCCUUCUACGCCGUCUGUUCAAAGGCCGUUGGAGGCAGACGAAGAGUUAUUAAGAAGCGCAUUGUCUCCUAUCGAUCGAACGAAAGAUUUUUUUUUUAUAGUUUUUUGUCAGUUUGUACCAAGUGCCGCAGCAGGGGAGUGUGCCCUGGUGAAGGUCCCGGCUGCAGAGUUGAGUUCGCCUUCUCUCUUUCGUGGAAAGCAACCACCUUCAGCGCCGAUUUUUCUCGUCUGCUUUCAGCCAUCCAAUAAGUGA